GUCGAUCAUGAAACGUGUAGUUGCGCCCGCGUCUUCAGUGUUACAACACAGUGCAGUUUGUUUGAGCUGGUAAAAGGGAAAAUUGUAGAAAUAUUUUUAACUUUAUCUAAUUCUAAAUAUUCAACUGAACCAAAGUGAGUGAAGUGUAGUGAUCAUACAUGAACACAGUGGGAACGUUGUGCCAAAGCAGAUGCGGUAUUGGCUGAAUAAUUGACCUUCUGUGACUAAGAAUGUGAUUGUUGCGUUGAUCCGUCGGGAAUCAUUCGUUCGUUGGUGUAUCCAAUCGUUCAUUCGAUCGUUCCUUAAACUCGAUUCGUCUGUGUGCGAAAAUGGCGGCCCAACUGGCGAUAAAUGCAAUUCGUGUGAUGUACAUUGUUGGAAUGCAACAUUUCAUCAUGCAGGAGUUCCUGGACAUCCCGGCGAGCUUCGGCGGCGACUUGCCGCCUGAAGGUCUGCGCGGGCUGCUGGUUGCUGGUGAGCCGGCGGACGGGUGUUCAGCGCUCGUCAAGCCGCCCGUCGUUGACAACUUCACUGGCAAGUGGAUCGUGCUCGUCGCCAGAUACAACUGCAGCUUCGAGAUAAAAGUGCGUAAUGCUCAACUCGCCGGCUACGAUUGCGCCAUCGUGCACAACGUCAACUCUAGUGACUUAGAGACUAUGUCAGCAAAGGACCCCGCGGGAAUAAUCAUACCUUCAGUGUUCGUGAGUGACUUGACCGGGUAUUUAUUAGGUGACGAGUAUCUGUACAAUCAAGGUUUCUAUAUAAUGGUGAACGAUGACCUGCCGUUCAACAUAAACACGCAUCUGUUGCUCCCCUUCGCCGUGGUCGUGGUACUGUGUCUCCUCGCCAUUCUCAUAUUUCUGAUAGUGAAGUGCAUAAAGGACCGUCGCCGCGCGCGCCGGCACCGCCUGCCGCCGCGCUCGCUGGCCAAGAUACCCACGUGCAAGUUCAGCAAGGGCGACCCCUACGACACGUGCGCCAUCUGCCUCGACGACUACAAGGAGGGCGAGCGGCUGCGCGUGCUGCCGUGCGCGCAUGCGUACCACGCGGUGUGCAUCGACCCGUGGCUCACGCAGAACAAGCGCGUGUGUCCCGUGUGCAAGCGGCGCGUGCUGGCGGCCGGCGAGCGGCGCGUCACUACGCAUUCCAACUCCGACUCCGACUCGGACACGGAGCCGCUGCUGCCGGAGCCCACCAGGCCGCAGCCGACGCAGGGCGGUACGUUCGAGGAGCAGCGCGAGAACCCGUUCACCCGCGCGGCUCGGUUCAUGGCGCGGCUGCGACGCGAGCGGCCACAGGAGAACGCCGAGGAACCAUCUACACAGUCGGAGGAACACGAGGCCCCCGAGGAGAACACGUCGUCGGACAGACAGCCGUUGGUGCGCGCCGUGUCGGAGCGUCGGGCGCGCCGCGCACGCUCCCGCGCCUCCCCUGCGCACGCGCAAGCCACCGCGCCCGCCUCCGCCGCGCCUGCGCCCGCACCCGCCCCGCCCGCGCCCGCACCCGCCCCGCCCGCGCCCGCACCCGUCGCGCACGCGCCCGCCGCGCUCGCGCCCGACGUCGCCUCCAUCAACUCGCAACGCGAACCAGACACCGGCGAUAUCGGUGUAGCUGCCCUACCUGCGUCAGAAGCGACGUCACAACACGUCAACUUAUGAACGGUCCACGUCAUAUAACAUUAUUGCUAGUUAAGUGUCCCAAUGCGCUCGACUACUCACUGCAUCGAGCCUGCGCACACACUGCCGCGAAACCACGAUACGACUAUAGUGUUAAGAUACACCAAAAUUAUCGGUUUUGUCUAUAAAUGUGUAGCAGAGGAAUUGAAAUACACGUGGACUUUAUCCAUUAUUUUAUCAUUGUGUUGGUAUGUAGAUCUGCAGGGAGUACCAGAGGCCCGUAGUAAAGGUUUUAAAGAUGUUAGCUCACUUUACACCGAGACUGUACUAAAUUUUUCAUAAUAUUUUGUGUAUGACAGUACCCUUAGCAGGAAUUUACGCGUUAUCGUAGAGUAUCCGUAUGAAGAUAACGUUUACAUAUUUUUCGAUAUUUUUUUCAUUGCUUUGAAUGACGAGUUAUUUGAAUUUAGAUUAGUUGUUUGACAAUAAUAAAUAUCAAAAAAAAAAUGGUACUGCCGAUUCCCAUACAUUUUAAUUUUACCGUUAACAAGGUGUGCUAUAUGUUCACACUAUAGUAUUUUAGUUUCAAAUACUCUCACGGGCGCUGUUAUAAUAUCCAUACAAAAAUAUUUAAACGAUACCUUUAUGUUAAUAUACUAUAACGUUUAAAUUUGUGCUAGGGACAAUUAUGUGCAGCUACACGUAUCGAAUAAAUUUGAAUGUUUUAAAAAGUGGGUAUAUGUACGGAGUCGCUAUAAUUAUUAAAAACACUUUCAUAAACUAUUUAAUAAAAAAACAUUGCGGCGGUGUGUGAAUUUAUUGAUUAUUGACAACUCUAAAAAAUUAAAGCGAGUAUUAAUUUAUUAGUUCAUUGAAUUGAGGCCAACUUUUACUAACAUGGGUCAUGACAGACAUAAAGUACAUUUAUAUGUCAUUUUAAAUUUUAAUUCAAGAUCUUAGGGUUCACAUUCCGUAUUGUCAAAAGAUAAUUUUUCAAUAGAAUAUGAACGCUAAGGAUAUAUUAUUAAAAAUUAAAAUAGACUUGCAAAAAAUUCUACUUUAUUCUCUCAUGGCCUGUAUUUACAAUGAGCGUGGCCCUAUUGGUUUAAUUUGAUCCUUCAUUUUAACACAUGAUAUCUCGUUUAUAGAAGCAGAUUAUGCGAAUUUGUUUUCCUAACCAUUGACGUAAAAUAUCGAAGUAAGUUAUAAGGAAUAUUUUUGGUUUUCUGUUUUCUUCUGAUAUAAACCUUACAAUACCCACCUAGGAUACAAUUUUUAUUAUCUCAAUAUUUCAUAGACUGACCACAUUUGACUGUCGAUAAAGUUGAUCUCUGGGACCAUUUAGUUGAAUCGAUAUUUCAAAAUUAUAACGUUAUUGGUACAUUUCGAUGGUUUAAAAAGUUAAUUAAUUCUUUACCUGAAGUAUUUGAAAAAACAUCUAAAUUGUCAGGAGAUCGACUAUUAUAUUAUUUCGAAUAAAGGGUUUGGGACAAAAUUUAAAUAGGGUGCAAUAAAUAUAAGUAAAGGGAACUGAAGGCAUGGAGUUUUAAACUCGUAUAACAGAGGUACGUGUAUGGUCGUUUUCACAAAGAACAUAAUUAGAAACAAUUAUUGUCUCGAAGUUAUGUUUGCAAGAACAAAGAGUCGAUACAAAUUCUAUCGACUUAAAAAAAUGCAAUUCCCGUCUAUUAAACAAAUUAUUAACGGCGGUUACAGAUUGCGUUCAAAGUUUGUAUUAGUCACUCGCGAAAUACGUGCGUAUACGCACGUGCACACGCGUAUCUGUACGAUGUUUGCGAGAUGCGCAAGAUGUACAACUCCAAGGGCCUGUUUCACAAGUUUUAAGUAAAUUUUAUUUGACUGUUAUUGUAUACAGCUAAUGUAGAUAGUACUCAUUUUGUUACCAUUUAUUUGGAAGUAUUGAUUAGAUUGGGACUUUUAUAAUCAGUCGGGUUAUACAUUUAUGUGACUAGUAGCACUCAAAAAUUGUGAAACAGACCCUAAAAUUACAAUUAGUGUACAUUAGGCUAUCUUAUAAUUUUAACGAUCUUUAUACUUCUGAUAUUUACUAGUCUGUGACUGCGUGUUUGGUGACGGGUUGUGAGCAGGCGGCUAUAGCAGUACCCAGAUCGAAUACCAUGCUGGGCUGGUCAUCUACCGUGACCUGUGUCAAGUAUUUUGAAUGGUAUAUUACCUUGGUUGAACGUAUUUUUAUAUCGAGUAUGUGAUUUAUGUGUAAUGUGAAGGUAAACAAAUAUAUCCAUUAUAAUCCACCCCCGUUUUAUUCUAUCUGAAGAAUAUAUCGAGAAGAUUUUAGAUACGAUCCUCAAACAAUAAUAUACUUUAUUUCAUGCUAAUAAUCGAUAAAAUAUUUGGAACUCAUGAUCACGAUGGAUGACCAACCUUACGUCAGUGUACUUGAAAUUAAUAUAUUGUAACAAUUGUAGAGGUGUUACUGUAGGUUAAUGUAAUAUUUUAGGUUUAAUAGGUUUAUGAUUAGAUUUAUUACAAGAGGUUAAUUGUAUUCAAAAUUCUGAAUAAAACUACGUUAAGCUAUGUUCACACAUUGCAACUUGGAUUUGCGUUUUUGAUGCGACACAGGCAUGUAGAAACCUCAGUAAGCCAACAUCGAAUUAGUGUGGACAUGGCAUUACAGAUUUGUAGAUUUUUACCUCAAAGUAUCGUUAACAUACCACAGUCUUAACCCCUGAAGUAAAUAAAAUAUCAUGCCUCGUAGUUCGAUCCAGAGAUAAUUGUUUAUUUGUAAAAAGUUAAUGUAUGUAUAUAUUUUAUAGUUAUAAAGCAAGGUGUAGUAAAUUGUAUACAUUAAUGCCAUAAUAAUGUUUGUAACUAAAAGCGCACCGAUUUGUAUUGGAAUAUUAAAAUUAUUUUUAUAUUUACAUUUGGCAAGGAUGCAUUAUUGAAGUGUCUAUUGUGAUGACUAGUUCGCCAGUGAUGGUUUGGCUUCUAAUACAUUGACGGCACUGUAAUUAUUUUUCGCUUUAUAUUAUACUUAAGGAUUUAUUAACAAUAGUAUUAUGUUCUUAUUGUUCAUUGUUUGCUAUCAUUGUGAAACAUUGUUUGACAUCUAGCGCCGUCACAUUUAGUUUACCAAAAAAUUUUUAUUUAUCGCUUGCUGUUCUUGUGUAUUUUCGAAAUUUAGUUAAAAGAUGUUUAUAAAGUACAUGCAGUUAAUGCCAAUGUUUAUCGCCGGCAUGAAGUUAGUCAGAAGCGGUGUCGCAGUUGCAUAUGGGUUCAUUGUUAACUUCAGACCAAACGUUAAGAUUGGCAUCAGCUGUAAAUAAUAUAUAAGCUUUACGUUCUUUGUGAUAUGUAUAGAAUAAUUUUAUGUAUUGACACAGUUGAUUUGUCUCGUUUCGGUUAGUUUUGUGUAUUGUAUAAAGAUCAUUGCGCGGGUACGUGGCGCAUGCGCUUCUUUAUUCGAACACUCCAAAGAAAUAAAAAUCAUUUGACUUUAA